CGCCACGGUAACCAUGGUAACACGCUUCCUCGUUCCGCAGCCUGCUCGUGGCUUCCGGUUUGCCUUACCGCCUGGCUGUGAUGUAGGGCGCGGGGUCUUAGAGCCGUCAUGUUCCACAGCACGUGGGGCCCCGGGUGCGGGAUUAGGGCGGUGCACACCGGGCUGACGUGCGGGGUGCUGCUGGUGCUGUUCCUGCAUGACACUGAUUUGUUUUCUCAGGAGAAUGCCUGGAUCCACCCAAAGCCGUUCAUGUUUGUCCUAUUGGUCGGGUGCUCCACAGCGCUGUAUUAUGGGGUGUCGCUCAUGGACCCGGGCUAUGUACUUGCCGACUAUGAAGAGAAGCAUGAUCCCCGUCCAGGGAAUGAGGGGCAGGAGAUGACAUCACUGAACCCCGGGGCGGUGCGGAUGAGGCGCUGUGGAUACUGCCUGUUAAAGCCGAUGAGAUCGCGGCACUGCAAAUCCUGCCAGCGCUGUGUGCGGAGGUACGACCACCACUGCCCCUGGAUUAGUAACUGUGUGGGAGAGAAGAACCAUCGCGUCUUCAUCUUGUACCUGGCUCUUCAGCUGAUGGUGCUGCUCUGGGCUUUCCACAUCGCGUGGUCUGGAUUCCAUGCCGAAGAGACCUGGACCGAGUGGCUGUACGCCAACAUCUUCUUGCUUGCGGCCUUCAUUGUGAUUGGGAUCUUCACGGUGGUGGUGAGCCUGCUGCUGGUAAGCCACCUGUACCUCAUCUCCUGCAAUGUCACCACCUGGGAGUUCAUGUCCCACCAUCGCAUCUCCUACCUCAAGCAGUGCGACUCUGACGCCAACCCCUUUGACAGGGGCAUCCUCCGCAACCUGUGGAGCUUCUUCUGUACGUGCGGGAACGUGGUCUGGGAGCGGGUUUAUUUCAGAGACAUGCUUAAUGCUGUGUGAGACUGCAGCAGAACGAACCAAAUCCCCUAUAGAAAGCGCAGCGCCUGGCAUUGGCCUCGGGUAUCGCUAGUGGGUGCCGUCGCCAAAACCAGUGUUGUGUUUUUGUUUCUCAGGACAAUGGGGACAGUGCUUAGAAAUCCAAAGGCUCCCAAACCCACUAUUGCAGGGAUCAGCACAACCUUCGGCACUCCAUCUGCUGUGAAACUACAACUCCCAGCAUUCACCUUUUACUCUGCUUUUCUUGUAACUCCUAUAGAAGUGAAAGUAGGAUUCUGGGAGUUGUAGUUCCAGAACAUCAGGAGUGCUGAAGGUUGCUAAUCCCUGCGUUAGUCUAUUGUAGGCCGACCUCACCCUGUUCUGCAGACAGUCUUAGGGUCCAUUCACACGUCCGUAGUGUUUUGCGGAUCCGCAAUACGCCCAUAGAACUGCCUAUUCUUGUCUGCAAUUGCGGACAAGGAUAGGACACGUUCUAUAUAUAUAUUUUUUUUUUC